AUGAUCGAACAGCUCUGUCGCGUCAAACCCUCUUCCAGUUUAUGUCGUUCAUUCAUAAUCGAGAGGAAUCAAAACAUCGGACCAAAAACCACAUGGAAUCAUACUUCUGAACUCUCUAAAGACGAUCGGAACUUCCUGCGCUUGGCACGGCAAGCAGGAGAUGAUCCGUACGAUCAAGUGUGUUUCACUCCGCCACCACCUCAAGCUUUCGAGGAAACUAAGGCGUUCUGUGACGCAUUCGUUGAAACAUGUUCAGAGACAUUGAAAACAAAUCUCUUCACUCAUUUGAGAGAACUCCAUAUCGACUACUCAGAAUAUUGUAAACAACAAAAAGAGCGAUUCGAAUAUGUUUGCCCAAAACCACUGAGGUUCAGGACAUACGCGGAACAGGCAGUAGAUUUUUGCAUUCGCUACACCGAACGAUGUCCAAAGGCAAAAAUUCCAGACGAACCUGUUCCGUUCAAAAUUGAGGAUGAAUCUCAUAUCUAUACACGAGAAAUAGAAUCUCGCUGCAAGACGAUGUAUCGACCGGCUCGAACGUUUUGUCUCCAUCCAGAACUGCUGAAAUAUCCAAAGUACUCUAUCAUGUGUGCAUUGUACAAAGCUGAUUGCAUUGAUGUAUAUAAGAGAGUCAUCUAUGGAACUGUCCGAGGCGAGAAAGAGAACAUGGAAAAAAUUGCACCUCGAAGAAAAUAUUUGGGUCUACCAAAGAUGAAUUUUCUCAUCACAUUUCUAUGUUUGUUACUGUUUUUGGUAUCCGUGUCAUCAAUUGCUGAUCCAGAAAUGAUCCCGAUUGGCAGAGAUCCACCAAAUCCAUACGCUAUCCUGAACUCUCGACGACACAGAGAGCGUUCAAGAAGCAAACACCAUCAUCGGACAGCAUCCGAGGAGCACAUGCGCCACCUCGAGCAAUAUGAGGCUCAACGAGAAGUUUAUAAGGAGGCCGUAAAAGCAGCGCAGGAUCAAUAUUAUAACAACUACUUCGAUAGAAUGAAGGAAUACGCUGCGCAAGUUUACACCAGGAGGUAUCAACAACUCGUUGAGCAACAAGCCGCCGAGAGGAGACGGUAUCUGGAAACUAUGAAGGAGUUUGGAGCGCGCGACACGGAUCUUCCACCUGCAGUCGCUGAAACACCACAAGAAAGACCGAAAAGCCCUUUCGGUGAUCUGAGGCCGCUUCCCAAACAACUUCGUGGGACACGGGCAGACCCACCACCGAGCAUGAUAGAUCCUCAACCUCCUUCACAUACUGAACCACGGCCAGAAAAUGUCGAUGUGCACAGAAAAGCGGUUGCGCUGGAGGCGCUGUGUUCGCGGUUUGCUCCAACAGUUCGUAAGCACUGCUCCGGUGACCGCACGGCAAAGGAAUACGUAAAACGAUGUGCCGCCUAUUUCCAUGAUUGCAGGAGUUUCCUACCACGAUCGGAUCCUCUGUACAAUAUUGCUCAUGCUUUCAAUUCAAAUGUUGGUUUAAAUCUUGGCACCGUCGAAGUUAACGGCAUCCCUUAUUAUCCGAUUAAUGAAGAAGGUUCAAUUGGAGUCGGUAGAGUCGCCAAUGUUCCUUUUGGAUCCUGGGGAGGCGGAUACUCAGAAAACAUCGGCGUUAGAGACUAUUGGUCCCAGACGAUGGAAGUUGGAGCAAAUUGGUACGAAGGAAAGUAUGGAUACAAGUCAGGAUGGAGCGUUCCUUUGGUGCAGUCGCUUGGCAUCGAAGGCGACACUCAUGCAGUUGUAUCCGUACCGAUCAAGCAAGGAGAACUUGGUAAGCCGAUAGGAGUGGAUGUUGGAGGUGGAGUUGGUCCAUACUAUCAGCAAAAUCAGCACGUUGGGGUUGAUUAUAUGAACGGACAGGUUGGGACUAACUUUGGCGUCGGCGUACCGUUCGCAGGAGUAGGAGUGAACACUGGGCUUGGAAUCUCAUUCCCUUCUGUUAACGACAUUGUUGGGUGA